CUGCGACAUAAAGUACCCCUCCAUUUAAACAACUGCACUUGCCUUUGAUUCUGUCGAGCCUCAACAUAACUUUCUUCUGACGUUUGUCGAAACUGUGGCCUAUCAGCUGAAACCAAUUGCCUUCAUUGCCCUGGUGUUUGUGGCUGUUCUUGUGCAAUACUCUUACUACUUUCGUGCCACCCCUCCUGCAUCAACCAUGUCUGAAAUGAAAUCCGUCGCCUACUUUGUCAACUGGGCGAUCUACGGCCGCAACUAUAACCCGCAGGAUCUGCCCGCAGAGAAGCUCACGCAUAUCCUCUAUGCAUUCGCUAACGUCCGUCCCGAAUCCGGAGAAGUAGGAGAGGAAGGGAGACUCAUGCUAUUAUCAGAUGACAACGAGGCUUUGAACCUGGUUCUUCUGCUCCGGAAGUGCCGAGAGGCUCUUGAUAAUGCAGCUGGUCCUGAUCGUCGUUUCUACUUGACGAUCGCCUGCCCUGCAGAGAGUAAGUACAACAACAUCCAGGCUGGGCUCCCAGAGCAAUAG